AUGAUCAUGCUGUUCAAGGGGAACAGCAGUCGGCUAGAGCACCUCAUAGAGAAGAUACAGGCGAACAAGGAGAACCACGACGUCACCACCGAGGACAUUAAAGCCGGAUUGGGAUCAGGCAACACUGGCGUGCAGACAAGUGGGUUUUUCACGCGAUCGGCGUUGAUUGCCGAGGCGCCGGGUGAGGUGUCCGAGACGUCGCAAUUAGGAAGUGGGUUUCCGCCGCCCACCGGCCGCGGCGCCACCGUCACCCGCCGACGAAUUGCCCGCAAUCGCAGU